AUGGAGACCAUAUAUCUCAUCAUCGGCCUUUUCAUUCUUUUCACGGUCGGCCGAGCCAUCUUCGCGGAUCGUUCCCCCAUCCCCGAAACCUCAGGAAAGGUCAGCAAAGUGACCGAGGCAUCAGAGCUGGACACAGUCCUCUCCUCAAACAAGCAUGUCGUGGUAGACUUUUACGCCGACUGGUGUCCUCCAUGCCGCGCCAUCGCGCCCGUCUUCUCCACUCUCGCUGACAAGCACGCAUCAACCGGCCAUCUUGCUUUUGCCAAGGUCAACACCGAUCAUGUGAAGGAGGUCGCUGCCAAGUAUGGGAUCUCGGCUAUGCCCACUUUUGUGUUUUUCACAGAUGGUGUGCCCAAGGGUGUUUCGGUUGAGGGAUUGCCGAGUGGCCAUUCUGUCAAUGUCAACAAGGAUGGACUGGUUGAUAGGAUUCGGGGUGCGGAUCGAAGGGCUUUGGAGGCUGUUGUUCAGGUUUUGUCUAGUAAGGAGUAG